ACCGUGAUCUGUCAUUUCUGGCAAGGAGGCGUUGGCUGCUGCUGCUGUGCUGAUUUCUGACUGGCUGGAAAAAUGAUGCUGGACUCUUUGGUCUAGACUAUAAAACAGACCCAUGCUGGAGCCAGCAGGCUUAGAAAACAGAAGCACUGAGAAUUCUAAGCAAAUAGCGCAGCAGGUAAAAACCCGGACACAGCCUCAGCCUCAGCCUCCUCUUGUACUCUUUUCUGGAAUUGGGACAAGAACUCCAAUAGCAAAAUGUGCAAGGGACUUGCUGCACUGCCGGCCACUUGCUUAAAAAGUGCCAAGGAUAUGAAGCAUCGUCUGGGUUUUUUGCUGCAGAAAUCUGAGUCGUACGAUCAGGGUUCUUCCCACAGCAAGAAGGAGAAAACAUCUUCAUCCCAGAGGGUUAGUCAGGAGGAAGUCAAGAAGUGGGCUGACUCUUUGGAAAACCUGAUCCAUCAUGACAGUGGGCUGGCUGCUUUCCGGGCUUUUCUGAAAUCUGAGUACAGUGAAGAAAAUAUUGAAUUCUGGGUGAGUUGUGAGGACUACAAGAAAACCAAGUCACCUGCCAAGCUCAGCACGAAGGCCAGGAAGAUCUAUGAUGAGUUCAUCUCUGUUCAGGCAACUAGAGAGGUGAACUUAGAUUCCUGUACCCGGGACAAGACAAGCUGCAACAUCCAGGAACCCACACUGACCUGCUUUGAUGAGGCUCAGAGGAAAAUAUUUAUCCUCAUGGAGAAGGAUUCUUACCGCCGCUUCCUCAAAUCUCCUUUCUAUCUUGACUUGAUUAGCCCAGCUGGCAUGUCCUGCAGCACUGAGAGCCACAAAAGAACCAAGGCUCAAUCCUUAGACUGUAACUCCAACCUGGUCUCUCAGUGUGCUUGACUGAGCAGCAAGCAGGGAGUAGGCAGUGCUCCCAUGACUCUUACUGGGCAUGCAAAGCACUCGUCAGCAAAGCACUCAUUGGCAUGAAGCAACACAGCUGUACUCAGUAGAUGUCUAAUGUCCUUCUUGUGUACCUACUAUGUCAUGCAACAGCCAGCAUUUGUAACUCAAGAAGACUCAGUUUAUGUAUUGAAACCUGCUGGUCUUCUCAGCAGCCAUCAAUAGAAGAGGCAUUUCUCUAACAUGUAAAGCAGGGUUAAAUUGUUAUAUAUGUCUGUUGUGUUCUUUUCAAUUUGUUGCCAGAACAGGUGGAACAGCACUGAAAGUUUAGGCAUGUCAGUUUUGUUAACCAGCACUUUACUACAAAGGCACUUUGCCCUGUGUUGGUUUGACCAAGAAUAUGGGGUGGGAGGUAGGGAGGAAGCUACGUGGCAGGCCUGAUCCAAUCUUGUGUGCCAUAUCCAGGCACAAGCAGGUGAGAGAGUGAGUGACGGUAUGGGGCUCACUGGCAGGAAACAGCGGAGAUGUGGUCUCCUCACAGAUGCCUUUAGAAUCAGCAGGGGCAGAGACAGGAAAGGCUUGCUACAACCCUGAGACAUCCAGACAGUCAGGCACUACCUGGGGUAGCAGGACUGACAGGACAUUUGCAUUACCACAAAGGCCUGUGCAGUGCCCAAUGCUGGUGACCCUAGCACAAUGGAGGGGGAGGGUUGCUUGUACUCUUGCAAUGCCUUAUUCUGAGGCUGUGUGUUCUUGGGCAUACCUAUGCACUAUAUCACCAUAGCUUGUUUUAUUAACUAGCCUGUUUUGCACAGCCUUCUGGUUAGAAAGGCUUUUUGCAGCUUCUGCUCAGAGCAGGGCAGGGGAAACAUUACACUAUGCAAAUUGAAUUCAGGGAUUAUUGCAACUGUGUUUUAAAGGGAAACCAUCAGGAUAAAGUUUGGCAGUUUAGCCCAGAGUGUCCCCACAUCCUCAAGGUCACCACAACCAGAAGGGCAUGGCCUGCUCUCUGCUGCUUCUACUGGUUUCCUCUGUGAUCCGCACAUAGUCCUGACCAGGAAGCUGGCCCAGCAGAGGGGCUGAAUCUCCCCUUGAACCCAUUUCUGCACAUUUAUGAAAGCCUCCUCCCCCAGGACCCAUCUACUGGUAUAAUUAAUCCUGAAAAUUACCCGUUCACUGGGGCGUUCUACCUUGUCCUAGAGCAUUUAGCAGAGUCUGCAGUUGGUAAUGGGGGGCCUCUACCCACAACCAACAAGGGGGAAAGGCCCAGCUCCUUGGAGCCCGAGGCCCACAGAAACAUUUAAAAAUAUUCUUCUUAGUAUUAUUUAAUGGGUUUGCAUUUGAAACAUCAAUGUUGUUAAGGCUUCUAGGAGGUGCUAUAUCAGUGUCUUUAUUACUCCAGAACAUUAAAUUACCCAGCCUAGGGUAAAGCAGUAGAUAGCUCAAUUCAACCUACAUGGUUGGACCUGGCCUUCAUCUAGAGUUAGGGGACUCCCUCUCACUUCUGUUGGGGUUACUAGGAGCCCCUGGUGCAACCGUACUUGGUAGCACCUGCCUUGACCUGCUUAGCUUCAGGCUCACCUGCCUUUCACAUUGGUCGCAGCUUUUGUUUGCAAUGUGUGGACUGCUCCUUCCCUUGGAUGUUACCUUCUUCCCCCAUCACUUAACCUUUGUGUAGCAGGCAGCCUCUCUCAUAGUAGUAGACAUUUCCUUUUGUGGCUCCCAGUUUAGGUGGUUUCUCCCAUGUCAGGGAUUUUGUCACAGGUUGGAGAUUGGUAGAUAAGACUGUUCUGAUCACACCGCUACCUAUUUAUUUAUUUAUUUAUUUAUACUUUAACUUAUUGAGGCACAUGCUGAUCUGCUUGUUUAUCUAAUGGAUGAAGAUGCUUGCUAAAGACUGAAGCUCUGUACUUGACAAGCAUGUUGCUACCUGUGGGGGGUUUUUCCCCCCUAAUACCUAGAAUUCUUGGUCAAUUCUGCAAUGAACUGUAUAAAUACUUUAACAAGAGUGAAUUGAUUAUAAAUAAAACAUGUUUGAA